UUUCCUGACAAUUCAAGCAAAAUAUUUUGAUCUUCCCAUCUGAAACCUUAAACUUUACCAUUACAACAAUCAAUAAAUGACAUAUUAUCUCCUUCCACAAUAACCUAUUUAUGAUUUGCGAAUUCUAUACAAUAUACUACUCCCAUAUCCAAAUCGAUGUGCCUAAUGCCUUUGCAGAAAACAGAAAACUGAAACAGGCGAGUACAUUUUACAACCACUUCGGAAUCCGACAGUUGUACUUCGUUAUAUUCGGAGUAGUUAGUAAACUUAGUUGUACAUUAAUGUUGGAGUUGGAAAGCCCAUAACCCAACUUAAAAUGUUUUCUCGGAGAUCCGCUCUCAUCUCAUUUCAGUCCAUCAUCUACCGUCAAUUAUUAAUCUGGAUAACCAGGGUCCACCAAAGAUCCUUCAACGAGGAAAAAAAAAAGGACACUCAUGUGAGUGUAAUCGAGAAUCAAGGCUUUUUUCCGCUUGAAGAGAUCGAGAUUCAACUCCCAGCUGAUUAAUAUACAAACUUUGUAGAUAUACUUACCGUUAUCGCCGCUUACAUCUUUCAAAUUUCAAACACAAACUCAAACUCCAUUCUCACUUCACUUUAUCAGUCCAAAACAAUGUUAACAACUCCAAUCAAGAAAAUGAAGCAAAAAAAUGGCAGAACACCUCUACAACUCAAGAACAUUCCUGCAAAUCCGAUCACUGAUGAUGGAGUUAAGAGUAAGGGAAAGGGGAAGUCUGAAUGGAUAGAGAUUUCAUUAACUGGCAAAGAGAACUAUUUCAAUGUAAUGGAGAAAGUUGAGAAAAAUAAUAAAGAUCUGGAGAUCACUCAGAGUACUAAUAAUGAUAAUGUUCCGAUUAAGAUUGAAUCGUUUGAUUCAUCAUUAGCUGAGGAAUUAGGUGUGAUUAGGAAGAAACUUGAGAGAUUGAGAUUGGAGAAGGAGAGAACUGAAAAGAUGUUGAGAGAGAUGGAUUUGGUAUUGGAUAUGGAAAUGAAAGAGAUGGAGAUGAGAGGGAAGAUGCAGAAGGAAUUGGAAAUGGAAGUUGUCAAGUUACAGAGAUUGAAUGAACUUAGAUCCUUUUGUAUGAGAGCUACUCGAAUCCAAUCGCUUAGAGAAAUUGAAGAAGCAAAGAAGAUUAAAGAAUCUCAAUUGAAGGAGGAGGAAACAGAAAAUGAGAUAGAGAAAUCAGAAGCAUCGUCAUCCUCGAGGGUAAAUGAUGAUGAUCAGAGCUUGGUUUUCUUUUGAUGUGUUUAUGCGUUUUGUCUGAACUAUAGCAUGUGAUACCCAAAACCAGAGAAAAUAAUACGAGUAGCUCAAUAUUUUCUUUUCAUCCAUUUGUAAUUUGUAUUCUUUCUCCUCUUCUUGAUCCAAUUCACAAUGUCGUGUUUAAGUCAG